CAUCUCGAUCGCACGCAGUGAAUAAUUCACGGAAGAAACUAGAAAGCACGGCAAAUUAACCCGACCCUGGUCAAUCGGGUCAUCCCAUAUUCUCAUUUCCCUCCCUCCCCCGCCUCUCCCCCCCUUCUCUCUCUCUCUCUCUCUCUAGAAAACCGCCGGCUCCGUCUCGUCGUCGGCGAUCGGCGUCCACCGAAUCUUCAGCGGAGAGCUCUGGCUGCUCACUUCAAUCUGAAGGAUGGCAAACGACACACGAUCUAGUCGGGGAAGUAAGGACGAUGAGAAUAAUAGUUCAAUAAAGAAACCUGUUAGCAUUAAGGAGUCAUCUACUUCGGGCUCUUCAAUGAUGGAUACCUCUGGUUUUAGAAAGUCAAUUAGGGAGAUGCCAUUGCAGAAACAAACGAGCUCAAGCCCUUCAACGAGAAGUGGGUCUGAGCACCUUGACAGACCGACGCCAACAACUUUUGCAGUUAAGAGGAAAUCUGAUAUUGUUGAGAAACAGAGGAUGCCUAGUCCUUCGAGGACGUCUGAUAGGGGUAAGGAACACGCUUCAUUGGGUUGUUCAGGUACAAUGAGAUCUGAGAAGGGGUCUGGUUCACCAGAUGAUAGAAGGAAAAAGUUAAAGUCAGAGGAGAGUGUGAAACAGUUGGUGCGAGAUUCUAUGGAAACUAGCAGAAGAGAGAAAAUUUCUCCACAUACUAAUGGUCGUACUUAUAAGAGCUUAAUUAAGCAAAAGAGGAGAAGAGAUACUGACCCUGAUUUCAGUGAGGAGCUAAAAAGGCCAGAAGCAAUCUCUAAGAUUGAUAGCAGUUAUUGUGGAGGUAGUGUUUCCAAGCCAGUGGAUGAUAGAGAGGAUGGGGGUGAGAAUCUUACCUCUCGUGUGGAUGCUGCCGCUCCACCAUUGUCCAAGUGUAAAAGGGACAAUAUUUCUGGAACUCAUGUCCCAUGUUCUGAAAGGCUAAGGGGCCAAAGAUGCAGAAACAAUCCAGAGGUUGGAAAUCAUGAACUUGGAAAGAAAUGCGACAAGGUGGUGAACGAUAGUGCUGAUCCGGCCUCUUCAAGACCCAGACUAAGGGAAGGUCCUGGAGAUGAGAGAGGAGAUUCUGGUGUGCCAGUCAAUAAAGUUUCGCAACUUCUGCCUCGGUCAGACUCAACUGAUUCUAUUACCCACACACUGCAUACAAGCCAUGCUUCUGCCUCUUCCUUUCCCUCUAAGGUUUCCUCAUCGUUACCUGAAGUUCACAUGGUUAAUUCAGAGGAAGAAACAGGAUUGUCUGAUAUGCAAAAAACAUUUCAUGUUCUUCUGAAUCCUGAGAUUCCCGAACUCUGUGAAAUUCUACAGCUUUCGGAAGAUGUCAAGGCUAUGGUUAGAAGGUUUCUUGAAUACGUUGUGGAUAAUUAUCAAGUGAAUAGGGAACCGAUAUCAAUAUUACAGGCUUUCCAAAUAUCUCUGUGUUGGAUCGCGGCUUCAUUGCGGGAAUGUGAAAUUGAUAAGAAGGCAUCCCUUGCCUUAGCAAAGCAACACUUGAACUUUGGCUGCACUGAGGAAGAGGCAAACCAUAUGCAUUCAAAGUUGCGACUGGUGAAGAAAAGAUUCAAAGUAGCAGUCCACGAUUUUGCCUCAGAUCGACUCAUUUCAAAACAAGAACAGGUGCCAAAUUGUGAAAAAAAGAAGAAAGAACUGUCGAAAUCUAUUAAGCGGAUGGAGAAAAAACGUGACAAGAAGAUCAUGAAGCUCAGUCUCAAGCACCAGGAGGAAAUUCAAGAGUUAAACAAACCGUGGGAGGAGGACAGUGCAAAAUUGAAGAAAGAUUGCAUGGUGGAUCUGGCGAUUAUUCGGUCGAUACACAGUAAUGAUCCAGUGAGAUCAGAAAAGCUGAAGAGAAGAGAAGAAAAAUGUGCGAAGGAACUUGAAGAACUUGAGCACCGUAAAGGAAUACUUCUUGGAAAACUUGAGGCAGAUUAUUUGGCUGAAAUGAAUAGGGUGAGGCGAAAGGCAGAGAUUUCUUUGCAGGAUUUGAAGUCCUGGGCUCAAUCUGAAUUAUAUGGUGCUCCAUCGAGUGAAGCUGCGGCUCAAUGUGUCCCAGACGAAGUGGUUGUUGGUGAAUUUGUGGAAAUUCUGAGACCUGAUGUAGAGUCCAAUAGGGAGCCUGAUCAAAUAGAAGACUUGGAUGUUUCAGUCCUGGAUCCUUUGGCAAUUCAGAAUGAUGCCGCUGUCAGCCCCACCAAUGUUGGCUCACUUGAAGAAUCAUCUUUGUGCCAGCCAGUCAAUACUUUAGCUCAAGCUGGUUCAUCGACACAGAUUUUGGCACUCCAUGGUGAACGUUCUCAGGCGUCAAAUUCUACGGUAAUGCAUGAUGGGGAUGCACAAGCUAGUGACAAUCAAGAUGUUCUGCUGCGAGUUGAAGUUGUACCAUUGCAUUCCACUGGUGAUGGACUAACUUAUCAAACUAAUGAUGACGAAGCAUUCAUCGAACAAGUGGAGCAAUUGCAGGUUUCCAAUUCUACUGAAAUGCAUGGAGAUGCAGAAGCUAGUGCAAAUCAAGAUCUUCUGCUGCAAGUUGAAGAUCAGACUAAUAACGAAGAAGCAUUGCCUGAACAUGUGGAGCAACUGCAGUCUUCCAAAUUUACUGAAAUUCAUGUUGGAGAUGCCGAAGUAAGUGCAGCUUCUGGAGUUGAACAACUACCUUGUGAAGGGCUGGGUGCUUCCCAACCAUUUGAGAACGAAUCAGAAGCUAGUGAAAAUGUAGAUCUUCCGCAGCAAGUUGAAGUUGUAUCAUUGCAUUCCGCAGACAAUGGAUCAAGUGAUCAGACUAAUACCGAUGAAGCAUUGCUGGAACUUGUGGAGCAACUGCGGACAUCCAAAUCUACUGAAAUUCAUGUUGGAGACGCAGAAGCUGGAGAAAAUCAAGAUGGGCUGCACGAAGUUGAGGUUGUACCAUGUCAUCUGGCUGAUGCUGGACCCGCUGUCCAAACUGACAGAGAAGCCUUGAUUGAAGGUGUCCAGCAACUGCAGAUGUCACCAUCUAGUGAUUCACCUGUCGAUCACAAUCAUCCUGGUUCACGUGCAGCUUCUGGAGUUGAACAACUACAUAGUGAAGGGCUGAGGGCUUCACAACCAUUUGAGAGCGAAACAGAAGCUAGUGAAAAUCAAAAAGUUCCGCGGCAAGUUGAAGUUGUACCAUUGCAUUCCAUGGACAAUGGCUUAACUGAUCAGACUCAUAACAGGGAAGCAUUGCUAGAACAUUUGGAGCAUGAUGGAGAUGAAGAAGCUAGAGCAAAUCAACAUAGUCCUCUGCAAGUUGAAGUUGUGCCAUUUCAUCCGGUUGAUACGAGACCCAAUGUCCAAACUAAUCACGAAGAAGCAUUGGAAGGUGUCCAGCAACCACAGAUGUCAUCAUUUAGUGAUUCACUUGUUGAUCGCAACCAACCUGAUGUACUUUCAGAUUCUGGAGUUGAACAACUUCCUAGUGAAGGUCGGGGAGCUUCACAACCAUUUGAGAACGAGUCAGAAGCUUUAGAUCCACUAGGUAUACAAUCUGGGGAAAUUCUUGAACUACCUCCUCCAAAUACAGAUGGAACACUUGGCCCACAUUUGCAACUAGCUGUUGAAAAUGACCAUCAACCAAGCAGUCAAGGGUUUAUGCCUUCGCAAGAUGCUGAGGCUUCAUCACAACCUGUCGAAGAUACAGCAUGGGUUCCAAAUCAAGCUGUUUCUCUUACAGAUUUGGGAAUGCAUCCUCCUCUUGAAGGGCUUGGAACGCAUCUUCCGUUGAAUAGUGCACCUCAAAUGGCCUCCCAGAUGCUGACACAGCCUUUUUAUGGUGAUCCACUUCUUAAGGAAUUGGAUAGGGUGCAUAAAGAAAAAGAGAAAACAAUCAAGAUUCAUGAAGAGGCGAAGCUGGGGCUGAAAUUUGAACACGACAAGGAGUUACAGGAAGCUAUUGCUGUACUUCGUAGGAAGUAUGACGAUAAAUUUCAUGAUGUUGAAUCAGCAUUUUUGCUGAAAAAGAAAGAACUUGAUUCAAAUACGAAGAUGGUACUCAUGAACAAGAUAUUAGCUGAUGCUUUCCAGUCUAAGUGCUAUGCACUCUUGAGAUCGCAGCAAGGUGUGCCCUCUAAUGUCAUGCCGCAGCAUAUACCGUCAUCUAGGCCUGCACACGGACCUUCCCGUGUUACCGGUUCAGCUUCUGUGCCGUUUGUCCGCCAUUCAUCACCCCCUUGUUCAACCACACCAGCCCGGCCCCCUCUUAUCGUCCCCAUUACUCCUCCCACUGGGAAUCUCCGAGCUAGUGGCGAAAUACGGGCCCCAGCUCCCCAUCUUCAACGGUUUAGACCUUCGUCAUCCAUGCCAUCAACCAGUAUUUCCUCGGUAGUUCCACAGGGGAUGUUGCCCAUUCAACAAGUGCAAAUAAAUCUUCCCACUGCUUCUGCCUCAGUUCCCCAUGUUCGCACGACUUCUCCCUCAGUUCCCCAUGUUCCCAUGACUUCUCCCUUAAUUCACCACCCUCCAUCCCGUUAUGAUUGUGGCCGGCAGGCCGAAGUCAGUGGAAGGACUAGGGAAAGACUUUUCGACGACAAUAAUCAACCAGGUGGUCUGCCAAGCCUUUUGCCACCGCUAAAUUUUCGUGCGCUGGACCUAUCUCAAUUUGUAUCACGGGUGAACGGACGAGGUGGUGUAGCAGCUAAUGUAGCCGGUUCAGGUAUCGCAACUGACGUUGUUUGUUUAUCCGAUGACGACUGAAUUCUAGCAAUGAAUGUAGUCUCUCUUUUUUUUUUGUGUAAGAAAUCUAGCUGUGGGUGGGUGGAGGGUUUUGUAACCUUUGGGUUUUGGUGAGAGCUUAUGGGAUGGCGACAAAUUUCCUGCUCCAUCUGGUCGAAAUUUCGCUGCGUUUUUGGUGAGGGAGUCUGGGUCUUUGUUCUAAUGUUAAUACUACUAAUGUACAGAAUUAUUCUGCCUCGCCAUUAUCCCAGAGUCGUCCGGGUGGUUUUUUGAAAACUGAAUUUGUAUAAAGUUAAGCUGUUGUCUAUAACAACCUUUUUCAGGUACUAUGAAGCUUCUUAUUGUAACUUUUUUAGUACAAUUUUUU